AGGUUACUCCCCCGUCCCGGCGUGCCGCGCGGCAACCCCGCGCAUGCGCAGCCCGGCGCCCGGCGAUGGCUGCUGUCGGCGAUCAACAAAAGCCCAAGCACACAGAAUGACGAUCGUGAAUCUCUGAUGACGGAAAUGAAAGUGGGACUCAGAAUCCAGCGUCUACAGCUUGGGAUUUGGCAGUGCUAAACCACAACAUUAACAUUUAUACAGUGAAUUUUAUGUUGUGAAACAUCCCUUUGAGCUCCACUGGAAUGUUAACAAGCUGAGCCAUAUAAGAGAACAUUAGAGCAGAUGUACAAAUCUUGGCCAGAGAGACAGAAAGUGCUGGAGUAACUCAGUGGGUCAGGCAUCACCUCUGGAGAAAAGGAAUGGGGGAUUUUUCGGGACAAGUCCCUUCCUCACAUUGGAAGUAGGGUGGAGAGAACUGGAGGGCUGAUGAAUGUUGCAGCCAUUCAGAGAAAAUUGCAUAGUAUGGGGACAUCUGAUGAAUAUUACAAGGAAAUAUAAUGCUGAAAAUGUAUACCUAUUCCACCAUGACGGUCCACUGUAUAGCAGCAGACUGAACAGAGCCAAUAUUCGUCCUCAGCGAUUUUAAUCCACACCAUGUCUCAGAAUAUUGACAGUUCUUAUCAAACUGGUUCAAAUUUAACUGGUGCGCCGUGCAAAGACGUUUUCUUGGAUUUACAGACAACAAAAUUUGAAACUCUAUACUAUGGUCCCAGGUUGAUUCAAAACAUUACAAGCGUUGCAGACAAUCUUGAUGUUCCUUUAGGACAAUCGUCACCAAUUGUACAUCUGAGAUCACUGCUGCAUACCAAGAAUCUGUUGAAAUACAUGAACGAUGAUCGACUCAAGCAGUCACCUUUCUGUGAUUUAGUUAUCAUGGUGGAAGGAAAGCAUUUUUGUGCCCACAAGGUGGUUGUCGCUGUGGGUAGCAGUUAUUUCCAUGCUUGUUUAAGUAAAAAUCCAAACGUGGAUAGUAUACAAUUGGACCAUGUCAGUUACUAUGUUUUCCAUCAUUUGUUAGAAUUUUUGUACACCUCUGAAUUCUUCAUUCAGGAGAGCGAAAUCCCUUCAAUUUUGGAAGCAGCACAGUUUCUGGACAUAAUAGACGCAGUUAAAUUGUUGACCAGUAAUGAAAAUGUGUCCAGGUCAACGCAAACAGAAUCAUUCGCUGAAAACAACCAGUGUUUGCAAGAAAAGGAUCCCCCAGAAACCACUGCCAAACUACAGCAUAACAAUGUAUGCAGCUUCUGCAAUAAAAGUUUCUGUUAUAAAAAAUCCUUAGAGAACCACAUUACUAAAGCCCACAAUGCCAGCUCCCACGGACGUGAAGAAAGUUCUGAUGCAGCAAAAACGGAAGUUACACGAAGCAGGUGGUCAAUUCGGACACGCAAAUGCCCAGCAAAGUUUGAGAGCAAAAGCAUUGAUAACACAGAUGUCUCUGAAGAUGAAUAUUCAAGUAAAAGUAGUAGUGACAUUGAGAAUGACAAUGAUGACCACGAAGGGACAGAAAGUGAAGAUGAAAUGGAAGAAGUUGAAGCAAAGCUUGCAGAAAUGGAAAGAGAGGAAGAAGAAAUUCAAAGGGAUGUUGAAAAUGAUGACGAAACUGCCGAAGAUGAUUCCCUGGAUGCUGAUGAAAUUGAGCAAAAUGUUAGCAAGGAAUUACCUCCGGUCAUUUUACAGACUGGAAGCAAGAAAAUACUCCAGUGCCCAAAAUGUGAUAAAAGUUUUGACCGAAUAGGAAAAUAUGAGUGCCAUACGCGGGUACACACGGGGGAAAAACCUUUUGAGUGUGACAUUUGUAAUCAGCGUUACUCUACCAAAUCCAACUUAACUGCUCACAGGAAGAAGCACAAUGCUCAAGCUGCGUUUCAGAGAAAGGAGCAAAAAUGUCCAUUUUGCAACAAACUGCAUGCAAGCAAAAAAACAUUAGCGAAGCAUGUGAAGCGGUUCCAUCCAGAUAAUGUCCAGGAGUUUUUUGCUGCCAGGAAAAAGAAGAGCGAAGCAUGGAGAUGUGAUGUAUGCAACAAAACAUUCACACGGAGACCUCAUCUUGAGGAGCAUAUGAUUCUUCACACACAGGAUAAACCAUUUAAAUGUAGUUAUUGUGAGGAGCAUUUCAAAUCAAGAUUUGCAAGGCUUAAGCAUCAGGAAAAGUUUCAUCUGGGGCCUUUCCCAUGCGAUAUUUGCGGUCGGCAGUUUAACGACACAGGAAAUCUCAAACGACACAUUGAAUGCACUCAUGGAGGGAAAAGAAAGUGGACUUGUUUUAUUUGUGGGAAGUCUGUCAGGGAAAGAACCACAUUAAAAGAGCAUCUUCGGAUCCACAGUGGGGAAAAGCCACAUCUUUGCAGCAUUUGUGGACAGAGUUUCCGUCAUGGUAGUUCAUACAGAUUACAUCUCCGUGUGCAUCAUGAUGACAAACGCUAUGAAUGUGAAGAAUGUGGGAAAACCUUUAUUCGCCAUGACCAUCUCGCCAAACAUAGAAAAACCCAUUCAGGCGAAAAAGCUCAUCAAUGUGAAGAAUGUGGAAAAUGUUUUGGCCGUAGGGAUCACCUGAGUGUUCAUUACAGAAGUGUUCAUUUGGGAGAAAAGGUCUGGCAGAAGUACAAAGCCGCUCUUCAUCAAUGUGAAGUAUGCAAAAAAGAAUUUAAAGGAAAAUCAAGCUUGGAUAUGCAUUUCAGGACGCAUUCAGGUGAAAAGCCCUAUAAAUGUCAAGUUUGUAACCAAGCAUUUCGAAUUAAGAAGACUUUAACAAAACACAUGGUCAUCCAUUCAGAUGCCCGCCCAUUCAACUGUCAUCAUUGCAAUGCAACUUUCAAACGGAAAGACAAAUUGAAGUAUCAUAUGGAUCAUGUUCAUGGCACUAAGUCUAUAGAACAGCCAAUUGUGGCUGCUUGUGAAAUGAAAAUGGUAUCUCAGGAGUUGUUAUAUGCACAGGAUGGAAAAAUGUACCAAACAGAAGCUAAAUCAUAUUUGCAUCAAAAUAAGGACUAUUCAACAGAGAAAACAGCGAUUCAGAACCUUCAUGGAGAUGUGACACUUGUACCAGUACGGAUAGGUGCUGUUACUGUACAGUCUGAUGCACCAACACAUACUGCAACUUUGGGUUCACAACCUCACAGCCUCCUUCACCCCCAACAACCAUCUCAGCAGACUGAUUUUCAACGAGCCACAGACCUUGCAUUUUUGGAGAAGUAUACCCUUACGCCACAACCUGCCAACAUUGUGCAUCCGGUUCGUGAUGAUCAAAUGCUAGAUGCCAGAGAGCCUUCAUAUCUCGGAACUUUACUUGGACUUGACACAGGUACACCCGUACAAAGUAUUUCCAAUGUAGAACAUUAAACCCAAUGAACAGCACACUGUGGAAUUGUCCUAUGCAGGAAAGUGAAACUUUUAAUUCUAAAUUUGAUAUAAAUUGUGUAUCAUGUUGGUCAAUUGGUAUGAUUUGCUCCCAUCAUCUGUGUUUUUGUACUGUGGGAAUGUUUAUAAUUAUGAAUUUUAAAACAAUAGAUCUGUAAUUUUAUAUUUACUUAUGUUCUUCGGUCUAUCAUCCAAAUGCAAGGCUUGGCUCUUCCAUAUACAUUAUGUUUUAGCUCCAGUUAUAAGAUGACAGAUUAUUUUAAACUAUUAAAACCCAAAGAUGAAUGUUACAGAUUAAUAUUAAAGCAAUCAUAUUUAUUAUUUGAGUAUAAUACCUUCAUGCUUAUUGGAGGAUUAAAAGAGAUUUGGGUUGUGUCUUCCCUUUUCUUACAUGGUUAUAUCUAUGUGAAAUUAAAUUGACCAUGCAACCUGAAAA